AUGGCUGCAGCUGCUGUGAUCUCUGAUCGUCUGCAGCUGCCAGAACAGGCCGACUCAUCAAGGCGCGUGUUUCUGCGAUGUGACUCUUCAGGCCGUUAUCAGGGCCGCAGCGUCGGCCCCCAGCCGCCCAGCCCGCAGCCCCCAGCCUGCAGCCCCCAGCCUGCAGCCCCCAGCCCCGAGCCCCCAGCCUGCAGCCCAGCCUGCAGCCCCCAGCCCCGAGCCCCCAGCCUGCAGCCCCGAGCCUGCAGCCCGCAGCCUGCAGCCCGCAGCCCGCAGCCUGCAGCCCGCAGCCCCCAGCCUGCAGCCCCCAGCCUGCAGCCCCCAGCCGCAGCCCCCAGCCUGCAGCCCCGAGCCCCCAGCCUGCAGCCCCGAGCCUGCAGCCCGCAGCCUGCAGCCCCCAGCCUGCAGCCCCGAGCCCCCAGCCUGCAGCCCCGAGCCUGCAGCCCGCAGCCUGCAGCCCCCAGCCUGCAGCCCCGAGCCCCCAGCCUGCAGCCCCCAGCCUGCAGCCCCCAGCCCGCAGCCCCGAGCCCCCAGCCUGCAGCCCCGAGCCUGCAGCCCGCAGCCCCCAGCCUGCAGCCCCCAGCCUGCAGCCCCGAGCCCCCAGCCUGCAGCCCCCAGCCUGCAGCCCCCAGCCCGCAGCCCCGAGCCCCCAGCCUGCAGCCCCCAGCCUGCAGCCCCGAGCCCCCAGCCUGCAGCCCCGAGCCCCCAGCCUGCAGCCCCGAGCCCCCAGCCCGCAGCCCCCAGCCUGCAGCCCCCAGCCCGCAGCCUGCAGCCCCCAGCCCGCAGCCUGCAGCCCGCAGCCCCCCGGCGCGCUGA